AUGCCGUUCCCUCCAGCAAGCCGGCCAAAAAGCCUGUCGAGAGAAGUUACAGAGAAGUUGCUGUGUCCAUCACAGGUGCUUCCUGUUAGGGCUACGGACAAAAAGAGUUCUAUUGAUUACAGAUUGAAGCAGCUGGGCAAGAAGGCGACACAGUAUAAGAGUAAACUCCCCACCAGCCAUGCUACCUCCAUGCUGCGACUGGAAGGCAAGAGUGCUUGGAUCACAAGCCCACAACUUGAUGGCUGUUCAAGUUCUUCAACAAACGCCUCAAGGACCAGUUCCUUGGGCACCACCUCUGGUAGAGGCGUCUCAGCUACAAGAUCUAGCAAAGGCACGUCACCAAACAGCGGGUCAGCAACAAGCACCUCGGCAAGUAGCCCUCGAGCCUCUUCAGGCAGCUCGGAUUCGAGUCUCGCAGACAAGAACGGUGAGGCCAUGAGCUUCUCUCUGAGCUUGACGCCUGAGGCUGUCGUGAUUCUGCAAAGACGUAGCCACGAAAAGCAGCUCCGUGUGGCACGCAGUACCUCAAGCAAAGCAGCCCUUCGGCAGAGGGAGCUCUCAGCCAAAUCUGGUCCUCGAUCCAACAUCCCGCUUGUAAAAAUCUCCCUCUUGAAUGACCACCAUCAGUAUGACGAUGUGGAGUACGAAGAAGUGGUGGAGCAGGGCGUUGACCAGAGUGUGCUGCUGAAAUGCACAGAGUGGCUACGUGGAGUCGAAAAGGCUUCUGAGGUUUCGACACUUGGUAAAGUGGUGAAGAGCAACCAGAAGACUAUCUAG